CACCACACUCCCUUGCUCGCUGUUCGCCGGCUCUCACGCAGAGCGCUCGUCGCUCUCUCUGCCGGCUCAUCAUGUCACGUCUGCGCCCGACGCCCAUUCCCUCGGCCUAUCCGCGCGGCGCCCCUCCUUCGCCUCCUCCCUCUCCCCCCCGGCCAGCCCUGCAACGGGCCGACAGCGCCUCUUCCUCGCACUCACAUGGCUCGCAUGGCUCGCACGACAGUUCGCAUUCUUCGCACUCCUCGCACGAAGAGCGUCAACGCGAGGCCUUCCUCGGCGAGACGAACGGCCCGCCCUCGGCGGUGGGCCCCGUAGCUGCGGCCGUGGCAGUGCUGCUCGCGCUCUUUGCCUGUCAGGUUGUGGGCCUCUAUCUCUUCACCCAGGGCUUUCUGCUGUCGCGAGUCACGCUCGAUGGCACGGCCAGCUGCGAACGGCCGGCGAGGGAGAGCUGGCAGAUGCCGGUCGUCGAGGCACUGUGGCAGGACGGAGCUGUGGAUGCGCAGGCAUGGGAGAAGGCGCUGGAGCAGAAUGCCGAAUGCACGCUGCCGGCGACGUACAGCCGCUCGCUGCUGCUCAUCAUCGAUGCGCUGCGCUACGACUUCAUUGCGCCGCUGCCGUCGUCGUCAUCGCUCGACGACUCGAGCUGGGCGCCCUCUGCCUUCCACCACCACAUCCUCCGCCUGCCCGCAGAGCUGCACGCGAGCGCCGCCGCACACACGUCCUUCCUCGCGCACUUCCACGCCGAUGCGCCCACGACGACGCUGCAGCGUCUCAAGGGCCUGACGACGGGCACUCUGCCGACUUUCAUCGAUGCCGGCUCCAACUUUGCCGGCGCAGAGAUCGACGAGGACAGCUGGCUGCGCCAGGUGCGUCUGGCUCAGCUGCGGCUGCGCGGCAGCGCGGCGGCGAACGGCACGAGGGCGGGCAUGGGCAUGAUGGGCGACGACACGUGGCGCGCCGUCUUUCCGCGCAUGUUCGACGCCGACUGGAGCUGGCCGUAUGACAGCUUCAACGUGGAGGAUCUGGACACUGUCGAUCGCGGCGUCGAGGCGAGACUGCUGCCAUUCCUGAGGCGCACCGGAGACUCGCCGAAGGACGCAGAGACGUGGAGCGUCCUCGUGGCGCACACGCUGGGCGUGGAUCAUGUGGGCCAUCGCUUCGGCGCGAGCCACGCGAAGAUGAAGGGAAAGCUGGGGGAGAUGCAGGCGUUGUUGGAAAGCGUGGUCGAGGGACUGCCAGAGGAUGCAGUGCUGAUGCUGAUGGGCGAUCAUGGCAUGGACGAACGAGGCGAUCACGGGGGAGAUGGAGAACUUGAGACGGGCGCAGGGAUCUGGAUCUACUCCAAGACGCCCUCUGGCGCGCGGCAAGCACACGAGGCGGAGGUCGCAGCUCUCCUCUCCUCCGCUCCGAGCGGACACGACGCAUUCGCGCCCUACACCUCCUUUGCUCCUCUCCCGUCUCCGCCCUUCUCGGCGCAAGGCCAUCGAUCGGUCUCUCAGAUCGACCUUGUCCCCUCCAUUUCUCUGCUCCUCGGCGUCCCCAUUCCCUUCAAUUCCCUCGGCACCGUCAUUCCCGAGCUGUUCCCGCCGUCUUCCUCCUCGCCCGAUCGGCUUUUGAGGGCACUGCGCAUCAACGCUCUGCAGGUGCGCCGCUAUCUGCGCAGCUACGCCGAGAAGUCCAGCGACUUGUCGCCGUUCGAGGAGGAGAUGGAACGCGCUUGGAAGACGGCGAUGCAGGCCGAUGCAGCCUACGCCCAGCCGUCGUCGUCUCGCUCCGCCAGCGACGCGCAGAGCAUCGCCGCUCGGCGGGCAGCCGCUGCAGCCUACCAGCUCUACACGCGCACCGCCCUCUCUCGCGCGCGCUCCGUCUGGGCCCAGUUCGAGAUGCAUCGCAUGCUCGCCGGCCUCGUGCUCCUGGCACUCAGCGUCGGCAGCAUUCUGCAGCUGCGCAGCGGCGCACUGAAGGGCUUGGUGCUGGGAUGGGAGAGGAGAGAGGAACGCAUCCAGCCGGCAACGCCGGGACGCAGAGGCGCGAGAUUGCGCAUUCGACAGCGGCGCUUUGCGAGGCGCACAGAGGGAGUCGAGCAGCUUGCGGCACACGUCGCGCACACGUCGGCUCGUGCAGCUGCGAGCUGUGCCCUCGUGGGCGCGAGCAUCGGCGUCGUGAAGCACUUCCUUCCGAGCACGCACAUGACGGCCAUCUUCGGUGGACUCUCGAUCCUCGACCUCAGUCUCUUCGGCGCUUCUGCAGGCGCGCAACUCGGGCUGCUACUACCUCAAACAAGCGGCUGGUCUCUCCCAUCUUCUCGUCCGACUGCACUCGGCCUCCUCGCUCUCCUCCUGCCCGUGCUGCACGUCGUGGGUCUCGGCUCCGUCGCGUUCGUUGAUUGGGAGGAUCUCGGCGUUUCAGUGCUUCUGAGCAUCGCUCUGCUCGCACGCGCAGGCAACGCCUAUCUCUUUGCGCCGACGGCAGCGCUGCGCAACCGGCUUGUUCUGCUCGCCCUCGGCGCGGCACUCGGCAUGCGCAUCGUGGCGUUCAGCAGAGUGUGUCGCGAGGAACAAGCGCCGCAUUGCCGGACGACGUUCUACGCUGCUGGGCAAGCAGGCGGCGGCGCCACCAUCAACAGCGUCUGGACCAUGGGAGGCGCUUACCUCGUCGCCCUCACUCUGCCUUCUGCACUCGGAUGGGCACUCAAACGCUCCAAGUCCAACGCCGGCGUGGCGCCAGUCUUCCUGAGCUGGGUCCUGAGACCUACUCUGCUCCUCGGCGCCGGCUACUGGCUCCUCGAUUGGGCAGCGACGGAAGAGUGGGGCGCCAGCACGCAGGUCUUCCUCGAGUGGCUCAAGCUAGCGGUGGCACGUGUGGAUCUCGUCGCCGUCUGCGUCGUCGGACUAGCGUUUUGGGCCUUCAGUCCGCUCUGCAUCGAGCUCAAGCAGGAGACGCUUCCGGCCGCGCCUCCUCAAGCCACCGACGCAGCCGCAACGGCAUCGACCGCACCGAGCGCAGCAGCACAGCCUCAAACGCGCAUGAUUGUGCUGGGCUUUGCCAACAGUCUCGGCUCGCUCUACCUGCUCCUCGUGGCGCUCCUCACAAGCCUGCUCUUUCUGCUGGCGCAGCCCAUGGGACAGCUCGUACUCGCGGCGGCGCUGCUUGUGCUGCUGGCCCUGGCCGAGCUGGGCGACAGCGAGCGCGAUGCAGAGCUGUUGCGCUCGCGAUUCCUCGAGGCUGCGCAGAGCAAGAAGUCGGCCGCCUCCGCCUCGUCAACGCCACAGCGUGGUGCCGCCCCGUCGCCAGCUGCCGGCUCAUUUGCCGCCGCCGCCGCCGAAGCGGCCUCUGCGCCGCUCGGCUCUGCGGGUCCGCCGCCGCUCGUGGCGCCUCGGCUCAUCGAGACGACGACGCUGGCACUGCUCGGCUGCGUGCUCUUCUUCGCCACGGGCCACCAGGCCACGUUUCCCUCGAUUCAGUGGCGCGUCGCCUUUGUCGGCCUGCGCAGCGUCGCCUAUCCUCUCUCGCCCGUGCUCGUGGCGCUCAAUUCGUUUGGUCCGUCUGCGCUGCUGCCCGCCAUCUCCAUGCCGUUGCUGGCAUUCUGGAACCUCUCGCCUCGUCCGCGUGGCGAUCCCAACGCCGCCAAGCCAACGCGCAUGCCGACGAUCUCCCAUCUGCUCGCGACAGCACUCGGCCUGCUGCUCUACCACAGCGUCGUCACGCUUGGCGCCGCCUUCUUUGCAACGUGGUUCCGCCGCCAUCUGAUGCUCUUCAAGCUCUGGACGCCGCGAUACAUGCUUGCGGCGGUGGAGCUGACGACGCUGCAUGUGGGCUUGGUCAUGGCGGUGGUGGGCGCGGGCAUCGUGGCGAGCAAGGUGGGCCUGACGUUUGGCAGCGCGUUUGAGCAUCAUGGUGAAGCAGGGCCCAUGAGAGUGAGAAGGAGAAACGCGGAGGGGCGAGGCCUGGCUGGGCGCGCGGCGCGCGGCGGGACGGCGAGGCGCGGCGCAGCAGCAGAAGGCCGAGUGCCGCGUCUGCGCAUCUUGCUUCCCCUCCACCAUCCUGCCCCCUGCCACAGCGCGGCGUCUGAGCCCACCAUGGCCUCCUCUUCCUCGUCGCUGCGGCGCUGGAUCUCCGACCACAGCAUCAAGUUCUUCGGCAUGUCCGAGAGCAGCAUGAUCGACUACAUUGCCCUCACCGCCGCCUCCGCGCCCUCCUCCGACGCUCUCUUUGCCUCGCUCUCUGCCCUCGGCCUGCCAGCCUCGCCCGAGGGCGAGGCAUUCGCCCGCCAGCUCUACGCAAAGACGCCGCGCCCCGAAGCGUCGGUGCCGCGCAGAGCCGAGGCGACGCAAGAGAAGGCAAAGGAGCAGACGCAGCGGUACGGCCUUAUCCUCGACGACGAUGCGCAGGAGCAGCUCGCAAUCCGGCCAGAGAAGCGCAGGAAGAAGAAGAAGAAGCCGGAGGAGGGCGAGGGCGACGAGGCAGGUCCCUCGAAGCGCACGCGCGGUGCCUCGGAGCAGGCAGAGGCAGAGCCCGACGAGCCAGAGGAGGUGCGGCUGGAGCGCGAGCGCCUGCGCGACAUUGCCGAGCGCGACGAGUUUGCCAAGCGCAUGCGCGAGCGCGACAAGGGCGGCAAGGCGCUGGUGGAGGACCGAGGCUCGAAGCUGAACCCAGAAGUGGCCGCACGACGGCUACUGGCUGAGGAUGCAGAGGCGCGCGCCGCUGCCAUGCCCGGCCUGCGCGAUCGCUCGCGGCAGGAAUACCUCGCGAAGCGCAGUGCCCAGCAGCUCGAGCUUCUCAGGCUGGAAGUGGCGGACGAGGAGCGCUACAUGCGAGGCAUCAAGGCGACGAAGCGAGAGAUCCGCGAUCUCGAGUACAAGAAGGAGGUGCUGCGACUGGCCGAGGAGAGAGAGGGCAUUCAGGAUGGGCAUGGAGGCUACAUGAUGCCCGAGGACUACAUCACCGAGCAAGGCAAGCUCGACAACAAGAAGAAACAGGCGGCGCUGUAUCAGCGCUACGAAGACUCGAAGAACGAGCGCGCAGCGCAUGCAACACACAUCACCGACAUUGAUCUGUUCGAGCAAGAGCAGCUCACGAAGGCCAACUUCUUGCCGACUGCUGGCGCCGGGGCUGGGGCAGGGCAAGAAGAGGAGGAGUACGAGUACGUGUUUGACGAGGAACAGCGCAUCAACUUUGUCAUGCAGGCCGACCGCCUGGAAGAUGCGUUUGGCAUGGACGAGAAAGACGCCAAGCUGCAGGAGCAGAUCAAGGCGGCCCAGAGCAAAGCCGACUCGAUCGACGCUACGCGCAAGUCCCUGCCCGUCUAUGCGCUGCGCGAAGAGCUGCUCGAGGCGAUUGCCGAUUCGCAAGUGCUCAUCGUGGUCGGCGAGACGGGCUCGGGCAAGACGACGCAGCUGCCGCAGUUCUUGCAUGAGGCGGGAUACACAAAGGGGGGCAUGAAGGUGGGAUGCACCCAGCCGAGGAGAGUGGCGGCGAUGAGUGUGGCGGCGAGAGUGGCCGAGGAGAUGGGCGUCAGAGUGGGCAGAGAAUGCGGAUACAGCAUUCGCUUCGAGGACUGCACAUCCGACGUCACGGUGCUCAAGUACAUGACGGACGGCAUGUUGCUGCGCGAGUUCCUUACCGAGCCUGACUUGGCCGGCUACUCUGCGCUCAUCAUCGACGAGGCACACGAGCGUACACUCUCGACUGACAUUCUCUUCGGCCUCGUCAAGGAUGUGGCUCGCUUCCGCCCGGAUCUGAAGCUGAUCAUCUCGAGCGCCACCAUCAAUGCCGAGAAGUUCAGCGAGUACUUUGACGAUGCACCAAUCUUCUACGGUGAGCGAGAGAGCGCGCGGAGCGGCACAGAGGGCGCGUCAGCUGAUGUCCGUCCCCUUGCGCCUUCAGUGCCAGGCCGCCGAUUCGCCGUCGACAUCCACUACACGCCUCAACCUGAGGCCAACUAUCUGCACGCCGCCAUCACGACCGUCUUUCAGAUCCACACGUCGCAGCCCAAGGGCGACAUCUUGGUCUUCCUGACGGGGCAGGACGAGAUCGAUGUGGCGAUGGAGAAUCUGGCAGAGACAUCCCGGGCGCUGGGCAGCAAGAUUGCAGAGUUGAUCGUCUGCCCCAUCUAUGCGAAUCUGCCGAGCGACAUGCAGGCUAAGAUCUUUGAGCCGACGCCGGAGGGAGCGAGGAAGGUCGUGCUGGCGACGAACAUCGCAGAAACCUCCAUCACCAUCGACGGCGUCGUCUUUGUGAUUGAUCCCGGCUUCGUCAAGCAGAACUCGUACAAUCCUCGCACGGGCAUGUCGUCCUUGACCGUGGUGCCCUGCUCGCGUGCCUCGGCCGAUCAGCGAGCCGGUCGAGCCGGCCGCGUCGGACCCGGCAAGGCCUUCCGCCUCUUUACGAAGUGGGCGUUUGAGAACGAGAUGGACGCGCACACGACGCCCGAGAUCCAGCGCACCAAUCUCGCAAACGUCGUGCUGCUGCUCAAGUCCGUCGGCAUCGACGACAUCUACAACUUUGACUUUCUCGAUCCGCCGCCGACCGACACGCUCAUGCGUUCGUUUGAGCUGCUCUACGCCCUCGGCAGCUUCAACGACAAGGGCGAACUGACGAAGCUGGGGAGAAGACAGGCCGAGUUUCCCGUCGAUCCGGCGCUCAGCAAAGCCAUCCUCGCCAGUGAGCAGUACAAGUGCACCGACGAGGUGCUCUCGAUUGUCUCGAUGCUGCAAGAGUCCGGCUCGCUCUUCUACCGGCCCAAGGACAAGAAGCUGCAUGCCGACAAGGCGCGCGCGGCGUUUGUGCGCCCUGGAGGCGACCACUUCACGCUGUUGAACGUGUGGGAGCAGUGGGUGGAGAGCAACUACUCGUACAGCUUCUGCAUGGAGAACUUCGUGCAGCCCAAGGUCCUGGCGCGCGUCCGAGACAUUCGCGACCAGCUAGCGCAGCUCGCCGAGCGCGCCGAGGUGCAGCCGCAAGCCAAUCUCGACUCUUCCGACAUUACGCCGAUCCAAAAGGCGCUCCUGUCGGGCUUCUUCAUGUCCACGGCGACGCUGCAGAAGGGCGGCGAGAGCUACCGGGCACUCAAGCAGAACGCCACCGUGCACAUCCAUCCGAGCUCGUGUCUCUUCAAGCAAGUGCCGCCGCCCAAGUUUCUGCUGUACUACGAGCUCGUCGAGACGUCGCGCCAGUACCUGCGUCAGUGCAUGGAGUUCAAGUCCGAGUGGCUGCUCGAGGUCGCCAAGCACGUGUACACGCAGGCCGACAUCGAUGGCAAGCAGGGGCCGGCGGGGCGCAAGAUGCCCAAGGGCCAGGGUGCCGCUGCGGUCGCCAACAUUGGCUGUGAGACAGAGAACCGUGUCUGCUCUGGGCGGAAAGCGAGCAGCGAGAGAGAGGAUGCGAGCUGCAGCCGUGGGAGCAGCUGCAGAGCUGCUUUCGCCGGCCUGCCCAACGUCGGCGAUGAGAGGCAGACGAGCGCACAGGUCGCCCCUGCUCUCGCCGCCGCCGCGACCGCGCCGCUGAUGGUCGAGAGGAGAGGCGAGCUCGCUGCGGCAGAGGCAAGCUCCGCCGCUGCGGCGCAAGGCGCAGCACGGAAGACAAGCAUGCAGCACCAGAGGAUAUCGCGGCUGCUCAGAGGCAGUCUCGCAGGCCGAUGCGGCGCUCAAGCCUCGCCUCAUGCUGCUGGCGCGAUGAGAUGCCGCCGCAGCGAGAGCAAGCGCGAUGAGCACGCAACGGCGGAGCUGCUCUGUCCGCUGCAGCGAUGCUCCUCUGCUCUCCUGCGAGCGGCGACAUCGGCCAUCCGGCGCUUCGGGCCGGGCGCGGCGUGCGGCGGAGUGCGAGUGUGGGGUAGCUCGCAGCAACGAGCGCCCGUGCGCCGAUGCCCCCAGAGCGAGAGCGGAGGAGCGCCGCGCGGCCGGUCGCCGGGCGUAAACUUUAGCGCGCCGCGACGCGUGGAGGUGCGCCAAACAACCCUCAGCAUGUCGACGAAGCUCGACGCUCUCAUCAUCGGCGGUGGCUUUGGCGGUGUGGACUCGCUGAUCCGCCUGCGCAAGGCCGGCUUCAAGGCCAAGAUUGUCGAGGCCAGUCCCAUCCUCGGCGGCACGUGGAGCCUCAACCGCUACCCUGGCGCUCGCGUCGACUCGCCGAUUCCGCUAUACUGCCUGGACCACGAGGAGAUCUGGGAGGACUUCACGUGGUCCGAGGUCUACCCGGGCUGGAAGGGCAUCCGUCACUUCUUCAACCACGCCGACAAGAAGAUGCAGAUCUCCAAGGACGCCUACUUCAACACGCGCGUCUCCAAGGCGACGUGGAACGAGAAGAGCAAGACGUGGCACGUCGAGGCGAUGGGCAAGGAUGGCAAGCUGACGUUCGAGGCCAACUUCCUCAUCUCGUGCCUCGGCUUUGCGUCGGCGCCAAUGAACCCAUUCGAGGGAGCAGAGACGUUCAAGGGCCAGAUCUUCCACACGGGCAACUGGGACGAGAGCGUGGCGCCGGAGGAUCUCACUGGCAAGCGCAUCGGCGUCAUCGGCACGGGCGCGUCGGGCGUGCAGGUCGCGCAGGAGCUCGGCAAGGUCGCCAGCGAGUUCAAGCUCUUCCAGCGCACACCCAACCUCUGCCUGCCCAUGGGCCAGGCACAGCUGACGCCCGAGGCACAAGUGGCAUUCAAGGCCGUCUACGCCGACAUCCUGGAGAAGCGUCGCCACACGUUCGCUGGCUUCCAUUACGACUUUGACACGACGACGGACUGGCGGAAGCAGACCCCCGAGCAGCGCGAGGCCUUCUUCGAGAAAAUCUGGGCGAAGCGUGGGUUCACGUAUUGGUUGGGCACUUACCAAGACGUCUACUUCAACGAGGAGAUCAAUCGCGAGGCCUACAACUUCUGGCAGCGCAAGGUGGCCGAGCGCGUCACGGACCCCAAGAAGCGCGAGCUGCUGGCGCCCAAGGAGCCCUUCCACACCUUCGGCACGCGUCGUCCCUCGCUCGAGCAAAACUACUACGAGGUGCUCAACGACCCCAAGGCGGAGAUCAUCGACGUGCGCUCCGACCCCAUCGUGCGCAUCGUGGAGAAGGGCGUGCAGCUCAAGUCGGGCCGCGUCGUCGAGCUCGACGUGCUCGUCUGCGCCACCGGCUUCGACACGCACAGCGGCGUGUACCGCAAGAUCGACAUUACCGGCGUCAAGGGGCAGAAGCUGGCGGACAAGUGGAGCCUCCAGAACGGCGUGUCGAGCAACCUCGGCAUGACGAUCCGGGGCUUCCCCAAUCUCUUCUACCUCUACGGUGCCCAAGCGCCCACGGCCUACUCCAACGGCCCCUCGACGAUCGACAUUCAGGCCAAGUGGCUGACGCAGACGAUGGAGCACAUGCGCGAGAAGAGCAUCGCUUCGUUCGACGUCACGCCCGAGGCGGAGAAGGCGUGGUGUGAUCGUGUGGAGGAGCUGAGCGCCAAGAGCCUGUUCCACGCCAGUCAGGGCUGGUACAUGGGCCGCAACGUCAAGGGCAAGAAGGCCCAGCCUCUGAACUACACUGGCGGCAUCCCGGCCUACAUCAAGGACCUGGAGGAGUGCGCAGCACAGGGCUACAAGGGCUUCAUCCUCUCGCACUGAGCCUUCAGCCUGCCUCUCGGCGACUCAACCUCGUCGCCGCCGCGGCCCCUGCUCGCUCUCGACAGCGCACGGGCUCGCUCGACGUGCUGCUCAUCUACGACCUCUACCACUCUGCCUCUGCCUCAUCUACUCUACCGACCCGACUCGAUGCGAUGCGAUGCGCCUUUACCCGACGUCAGCUCGCCGUACGCGGCUGAAUGCUACCACUACUCAUCACCCCACGUCUUUGCGUCCUCGAGGGCGCUCGACGCGCCUCCGAGCCCACGUGCUGCGCUUCUCUUACCCCACGCCUCGAAUGUGAUGACCUCUACU